AGGAGGAGGAGCAGCAGGAGAAGGGGAUUGGGAAGAGCAACGACGAGCAGCGGCAGGGAGAAGGGCCGGGACGAUGGGGGCUCAUCUGGCCCGCCGGUACCUCUGGGAUGCGGAAGUGGAGCCCGACCCGUUAAACAUGCCCACCUUCGACCCCCUGUAUGGCUUCCCCGAGCGCAAGGAACGCGUGAUGAUAGCAACACAGCAGCAGAUGAAUGAUGCCCAGUUGCCGAUGGAACAGCGGGAUUAUUGUGCCCAUUAUCUCUUGAAAUUGAUGAAAUGCAAACGUGACAAAUUUCCUAAUAUCUUUGGGUGUCAACAUGAACGUCAUGACUGGGAUUACUGUGAGCACCUGGACUAUGUCAUGCGCAUGAAGGAAUUUGAACGAGAGCGGCGCUUGAAGGUUAGGAAGAAGCGUAUUGAAGAAAAAGAAAAAGCAGCAGCAGCAGCAUCCUAACUGACUUUAUGAUGUUUCUCUUGGAUCCUUCCACAAGCGUCUUGUAGAGACCGCUGGGUCUGUUUUGUUGAAAAUAAUAAAGACAUUAUCCUGUG